AGAUUUGGUUCGAUCACGAGGCUACACUUUUCACUACACGCCUCAAAGUUGUUGCUCGAUGGGAAAUCCUCGAUAGCAGCUACUUGUUUAGGCACAAUGGCAGAAGGGGGAUCCCUUCCUAUUCAUUCCAACAGUCCUCAAUUGGAUCCCCACCUGUUAGAGUGUCCUAUCUGUCUGGAACAGUUGCACCAGCCGAAGUCGCUCCCGUGUCUGCAUUCGUUCUGUCACGAAUGUCUGUCCACGUUUAUCAGCAAGGACCUGUCAGGAAAGAUGGCGUCAGUGACUUCCUUCCCGUGUCUGGUUUGUAGGAAGAUGACACAGCCAGUUAAUCCGUCGAAGGACAAGGGAGAGUGGGCCCAACAGUUCCCUACCCACAGUCUGAUACAAGACAUGAUCGAGACCAAGACAGAGGAACCACUCCAUUGCAAACCUUGCGAGAAGAAAGGAAAUGCGGGAACCCCUGCCAAGGUCUGGUGUAAAUCGUGUAAAGUUCUGUUCUGCGAAUCGUGUAAGGAAAACCUCCAUGACUUGUUACAUGAAGGAUGUGAUACAGUGGAUGUAUCAGACUCCAGAGGGUUGAAGAUAACUCCGGGGGUUUCGUCGACGUUUUUGUGUAAAACGCACACUGAAAAGAUGGACUACUACUGUGAGGACCACAAGGUUGUAGGCUGCAGUAGAUGUGUUAUGGCUGAUCACAAGCGCUGUGAAUGGACCUCAACACAAGAUUUCUGUGAACAAUUAAAGAGGAACUCAAGACUGGACAAAUUAAAGAAAUCUCUACAAAAAGUGUCAGAAGACAUCGAUACACUCAUACAUGAAUUCAGUGAACAACUGAAGACUAUGACCGACGAUCAAGACAUCGCUCUCAAGAGUCUAACCGAUCUCCGUCAAAGGGUGGACACGCGUCUUGACGCUCUACAGAAGAACAUAACUGAUGAAUUGGUAGCAGCCUGCAAAGAAGAGAAAGACAAUGCUGAGAUGGUUACGCAGAAGUACGAAAGGUUGAUGUCAUCUAUACGAAGCACACUGGAAGCUUCCGAGAAGGCUCACUUGAUGAAUAACAACAUGGAGACAAUAUUGUUGUACCAUAGAGGACAAUUAGAAUUGGAUUUGUUGAAGAAACUUUCCAGUGAGACGAGGGAAACAUUUACGUCCUUACGAUUACAGCACGACAUUGAUGCUAGUCUGGUGAACUUUGACCACACCUCUCUGCUGUCCAUGGGGAAAAUUGUCAUCAAGAAGGAAAAGGGUUGUCUGUCCAGUCUAUUCACCAAACCUUUGUCAGACUGUUGCAUAAAGGAGGUUCACACGUUUAACAUCAAGCGUCCAUCGGACAGUAAGGAUUGCUACGCACGCGGAAUUGUUUACCUUCCCAGUGACUUAAUCAUUGUAACGGACGGACACAACAAGAAACUGAAGUUGUUCACCGUAGAAAGAGCCUUUAUUGACGAACUGGUCUUUGCAGGAAUACCGUAUGACGUGUGCCUUGUGGAUCAAACGUCUGUAGCUAUUACUGUGCAAAGUGGUACUAGCAACGCCAUACAUGUUGUCGAUGUGGAAAACUUCAAAUUAGUAUUUACAUACGAAAUAAACCUGUCUCAAUGGAUGUCUUGUCGAGGUAUUACCUUCACAGGUAAAGAGUUCGUGGUGUGUACAGCUAAAGAGUUCGUGAAGGUGACAAAAGAAGGCAGGACUGAUUCAAUGCCAGGAUGGGGUAACGACUGCUUUGUUUUGGCUUACGAUGCAAAUCAAGAAUGCCUUUAUGGUAGCUUUCUGAAUUCCAUCGUCUGUCGUCAACAGUCAGAUAGCACAAACAUGAAAAAAUGUACUGUGCAAUCUGUGACGGAGAUGUUUGGGAUUGAUGUGGACAGGGACGGCAAUGUAUACGUAUGUGGAUGUUCUUCGAACAACGUCGUACAGAUGUCUGGGGACAUGAAAAACGCUAGGAAACUGUUGACUUCAUCAGAUGGUCUGAAAAAUCCUAGGGCAAUAUCUCUGUGUGGAGAAAGGUUUGCGGUUACAACUGUAUCUGAGGAAAAUAGGAACAAAGUGCGUGUGUUUCAACUUUAUUGAACACCAGUAUGGUCAUGGCAAAUAAACGAAUCUAUCUUCCUAUUUUAAUUAAUUGCCUUGGUGUCAGUAGAAUGUUACUUUUAGAUGCUACCAUUCACGUAGUAAUAUUCAACAGUGUUAAAAGAAGACUCUCAUUAAGAACUGGUAUUAAAUGUCGUCAAUGUCCCCAAAACGAAGUGUGUGGACUUCUUGUUUUUACUCGGUUUCUUCUUCUUUUGUGAUUUUGUACGGAAGUUUUUCUCAGAAACUGCAAGUCACCUUCUCGUAAACAAAGGGCCUCUGAUGACCUCUUAUUUAUCAUUAGUAUCAUUUAUGCUGCAACAUUUCAUGUGUGUUUACCAAAAUAACUUUUUCUUGCUUAGAGUUACUUCCAUUUGCAAGGCAUUUAUCUUUUAGGUGGUCGUCACUAAGACGUUCAGGGUUCAAAUCCCCGUUCAGAUGUGAAAAGGUACAUGGUUAUCUGCUCGACCUUAAAGGGUUUCUCAAGGUACUUUUAGAACUUGAUUCACUAUUGCUGUAAAAUAAAUGAAGUUA